GGCCGAGCAACAACGGGUUUAAGAAACGCUAAAGACGGCCACUUCACCUCCUCCAUUCUCCCCGACCGCCGGCUAGUCUCAGCCCGCCCGCGCUCCUCCUCUAAAAAAAGACCAAACUGCCCCUCGUCGAUCUUACUUCAUCUUCAAUUGGGUGGUCCCGGGCAGAGAUGAACAAAUUGUUGGAGUAUGGAAGGAAAGCGAUGUUUCUUGUUCGGGUUCUUUCUGGGCAUGAAGAAAGGAGAAUCAGAGCUUACAGGCUGCAGCUGCAACAGCGAAUGGAAAAGGCACAAGCAAAGAAGGCUGAAUUAAAAAGAGUCCCAGAACAGGUUAUCUUAUCGGAGGUUCGGCGCAUGGUAGAGGAAAUGCAAGCGCUUAAUCGCAAACUUGAAGAAACUGAAGCCGCCAUUGAGGAUUACUUGAAACCAAUUGACAAGAAUGCUCACACCAUUAUGAACAUGCAAAUUGACAAAGAACAACAACAAAUGAAGGAGAUGAUUAAAGCCAUGCAAGAACAGGCAAUGCAUAACAAAGAGAUCGCAGAGAGACAAGUGGAACUUGAAAGUAUAGAGGCACAGAAGCAAGCUGAACCAGAUAGUGUAGAUCAAAGUCCCCAAAUUCAAAAUAUGGUGUCCCGUCAGAAACAAGAGCAAGCCAAUUGAUGAUAUAUAAUCAUCCACCUCAAGGGAGAAUUACUGUGAGGAUACCCAACUUACUGUUAGAUUCAUAUCUGCUAUAAUAAAUAUCCCAUCAACUAUUGUCAGAAAUUUUGAUUCGUUUAUGAUGUUCCAUGCUAUCUUCUCUAGAAAAAUGCACUGUUGUAGAAAUCCAAGUAUUUAAAUGCUUCUUGAAGAAACCAUAUUCUGCUCACUAUUGACAA